AUGGCUAUCACCGAGGAUAACACCAGGGCUAUCACUGUGAAUAACACCAUGGCUAUCACUGGGAAUAACACCAUGGCUAUCACUGGGAAUAACACCAUGGCUAUCGCCGGGGAUAACACCAUGGCUAUCACUGGGGAUAACACCAUGGCUAUCACUGGGAAUAACACCAUGGCUAUCACUGGGGAUAACACUAUGGCUAUCACUGGGGAUUACACCAUGGCUUUCACCGGGGAUAACACAAUGGCUAUCACCGGGGAUAACACCAGGGCUAUCACCGAGGAUAACACCAUGGCUUUCACCGGAGAUAACACAAUGGCUAUCACCGAGGAUAACACAAUGGCUAUCACCGAGGAUAACACAAUGGCUAUCACCGAGGAUAACACCAGGGCUAUCACUAGGAAUAACACCAAUAUAUCACCGAAAAUAACACCAAUGUAUCACCGCAGAUAA